UUUCUGCCUUCUUUAUUGACGUACGUUCUCUUCUUAACCUACUCUUAAUUUGAAUCGAACUUUCAAAAAAAAUUAUUUAACAAUUUAUUUAUUUUUUUAUAUUUUAAUAUUUAACAAUAAAAUUAAGCACUUGCAUCUAUUUACGCAAGUAAAAUAUACAGCCUUUGGGCUAUUUUAAAUACUUUAAUUUUUUUGAAUUUUUAUUAAAAACUUGACAAAUUUACUCUCAGUCAUGACUGGCCCAGCUUUAGCAAAAAAAUCAGGCCCAAUCACAAUAUCCAAGAAUGGUUCUGCUUCCAAAGCUAUGUCACCCAGAUCUCCUGCUUCACCAAUUAAUAUUUCUGCACGACCAGCUCCAUCAGGAUCACCUGUAAAGGUAGCUCCUAUAGUUAAAACAUCAACUAGUGUUUCUAUGAAGAAACCAUCAGUUACUUUAAAGAACCCUGAUACUAAACCAAUAACAAAGUCUACUUCUGAUGCAAAGCCAGAAACUGUUAAAACUACUAGUACUUCUAUUUCUUCGACCAAGUCUAAACCACCUCCACUCAAAAUCAACAUAAAAGCAGCUGAAACUAAAGGACCACAAUCUCCAACAACUCCUAAAUCUGCAUCUAAAACUUCUACCACUUCUUCUGUAAAGUCAGUAGCUACUAAGUCAGCAACACUUGUUAAAGUGCCAUCUACUUCAUCUCUUUCAAAAUCACCUUCUGUAUCUUCUUUAGCUGCUAAAACAUCUGUUUCUAAAACGGCUGUAUCCAAAUCACCUUCAGUAAGUACUGCAAAACCUUCAACUGGCUCAUCUAUUAAAUCUCCUUUACCUACUAAAUCGGUAUCAAUAGUGAAAUCUCCAACUGUAGUUAGUAAACUAUCUACAACCUCUACACCAGAAGCCAAAUCAACAACGGUAUUAAAAUCAUCAACACCUACUUCAAAAACAUCAGUGUCUGUCUCCAAGCCUGUUGCUUCUAAAGCUCCAGCUUCUCCAAUUUCUACAAAAACUGUUUUUUCAAAGGAUACAUCUCUAAAGUCGACAGUUUUAUCUAGUAAAACUGUUACUGGAGUAAAGUCUCCAUCUACAUCAACAGCUAAACAAACAACAUUAUCACGUAGCUCAUCUAUUGCUUCUAGUAUUAAGUCAGUUUCUCCAAAACCAUUAGCAUCUCCCUCUAAACCAUUAUCAAAUGCUACUAAAUCAGUUUCACUUGCUAAAACAACAGCUCCUAGUAAAACACCUACUGUUACUAAAUCUGUUACUCCAAAAACAUUGAUAAAAAAAGAGGCUAGUACUUUAUCAAUGAUAUCUGUUAAAUCAUCUGCAACAAUAAAAUCUACCUCAUCAAAUAUUUCAAGAACAUCUACUUUAAGUCCUAAGUCUCCAACAGUUAAAUCAACAACAUCUAUGUCCAAGACUGCUGUGGCACCUAAAUCGCCCUUAGUAAAAGCAGCACCUACAGUAGCAAACACUAUAGCUCCUAAAUCGCCUGCUGUAAAAUCAACUACAUUGGGGGCAACAAAAACUGCUGUAGCCCCUAAAUCACCGGUAUCAAAAGCAGCACCUACCUCAGCAGUUUCUAAAACUGUAGCUCCAAAAUCACCAGCAAUAAAAGCAACUACAACAUCUGUGUCCAAUACUUCUGUGGCACCUAAAUCACCUGUAACAAAAGCAGUACCUACAACAGCAAACAUUACAGCCCCUAAAUCCUCUGCCAUAAAAGCAACAACAUUGCAGGCAACAAAAACUGUUAUGGCACCUAAAUCACCAGUAGCAAAAGGAGCACCUACUGCAGCAGUUGCCAAAACUGCAGCACCAAAAUCAUCGGCAAUAAAAGUAGCUGCAUCAUCUUCAGCUAAAACUUCAACAAUAGUAACCAAAGCUGUAGUGUCAAAAACCUCAGCAGUUAAAACUCCAUCUUCUACAGUUAAAAAUACUCCAGUCAGAACACCAUCAAGUUCUAGUUUAUCCAGAACUAAAUCUCUUUCAUCAUCCCGGCUUAGCUCUGUAUCAACAGAAAGUUUAGCUUCUAGAACUUCAUUGAAAUCACCAAUAAGUCCUAGACCUAUUUCUGGAGUUAAAAAUGUUGCUAAAACCGCGAAAAAAGUAGAGGAACCAAAAGUUAAAGGUAUACGUGGUGGUCAGCCAGUCAAGAAAACCAUAGAAAUCCCUGGAAUUACAGAAUUACCAUCUACAAAAAUCAUAGAAAAUAAUCAAAAUAUCCAGUGCUGUGAAGAAACUCAAUAUCUUAUUGCAGAAAAUGUUCAAGAAAACAAUCUGGAAGUUAACUUAGAAACUUCUGCUAACAAUGAAGAAAUAAUGAGUCAUGAAAAAUCAAUUGAAAUCAUUGUAGAAAUAGAUGAUUUGAUACCUGAUAUAAUUGAAAACAACUUGGAGACAAUUAAAGAAGAUUCAGUUGAACCAAUGAUAGUUAAUAUGUCCUCUGAGGAAUCUUCUCUUGGAGGCAGCUGUAACUCAUUAGAUUUUGAAGUUGUACAAAUUGAUGAUUGUCAACCACGUCUUAAUAAUAUUACAAAUUCUUCUGAUAAUUGUAAUAUAGAUAUUAUUGAAAAUCAUUUUAAUGCUACUAAUGAACAGGUUGAAUCUGAGUCUUGUGUUAUAGAAAUAGAAGAUCAGUUUGAAACAAUGAAUGAUAAAUUAAUACUUGGAGAUGCUCCAUACGAAACAGAUUCAAAUAAAAGUGAUGCUUCAGAUCAUGAACAAUCAAAUCUAACAGAAUCUACAGCCAUAUGUGAUGAAACAAACAAUGAGGAAAAUAUUUUUUCUUUCCCUGUCGAUGCUUUCACCAAUAAGAUUGAAGAAAAUUUUGUAGAGAAGUUUAUGCCUGAAAAAUUGAUUAAUCAAUCUGAGGGACCAUCUUCAGUAAGUACCGAAGACAGUAGUCUUGUUAGUCGAAAAUCAUACUCAGAAGCUGUUAUGGGAUCUACCAAAGAUGGCGAGUACUAUUUUGAUUAUGACAUAGAUUUGGCUGAUGACUGUUUAGAUGACGAAUUUGAUGAUGAUGAGAAACCUGUAUUUGUAGAAGUAACAGAAAAAGAAUUUCCUGAAUUAAAACCAAAAGACUUGUCAGGAAAAAGGAGAAGGAUUAGAAAACAGAAAAAAAGAAACUAUAGUUAUCGUACUGAAUCUUUAUCAGAUUCAAAUUUAUCUACUCCUGAAGUAGAAUAUAAUCCUGAAGAUUUCAAUGGAAAUGAGUUUUGCCAUUACAUUAAAAUGAUGAAAGAUUGCUCAUUUUAUCCUAAUGGUACAUUUUCAUCAGACUCUGUAAAAUUAUCCACAUCUGAGUCACUUACCUGGUUGGAUAUUUCUGUUCGAACUACCGAUGAUGAUUUAAGGCCAUCAACAGAAUCACUAAAUACUUAUGAAGUAUUCCAAGCAAGUAACCUGAGUAAAGAUUUCCUUACAUCAAUUAUUGGUUCAACAACAACACCAACAUCUACUGAAAAUUGGUUUUGGAAAUCAAUAGAAAGCAGACACCAAACUCAUUGCAGAGCAAAUAUAACUCUAAGUUUACAGCCUAGGCCAAAACAUUUAACUACCCCACGUUUCAUGACCCUAUUAGCACUUAUAAGUGAAGCAAAGGGUUAUAAAAUUGAACCAUCAUUAUCUACACAUUUUAUUACUACAGAUUGUUUCCCAAGGUUUAACGAUAAAAUUAAACGAUUAAUGGUCCAAGGAUUUUGGUUAAUUGGUCGUCUAAUAACUGAAAGUUUAUCUGAAGAUGAAGAAGUCAACUGUGAAAAUCCAUUUGAAUUUAUUGAUGGUGAUAUUGGUUACUGGUGGGCUGGUAUCAAUAUGUUAGAUUGGCAAGAGUACAUGAAAAAUUGUGGGAAAAAUGAGCCACAACACAAUUGUUAUCAAUUCAUUGUAGAAGAUAUGGAAGAGUACAAACAUUUCCGUAAUGAAGCUAUUAGUAGUAUGGGCACUUCUCCAGAAGAAUUUAUGAGUGAAUUUGAUGUUGAAAACUUUAUACAUACUGUACGUAAUGUGAAGUAUUAUUGUGAUAAUUAUUUUGUUGAAAGUCAAGAAAAUCUAGAAGCCUUAAACGAAAGUUGUGAUAAUGAAAGUCUUGUUGAAUGGGAAAACAACUCUAAGUAAUAAGAUUAUUUUAUUAUGUAACAGCAAAAUUAGAAUUAAAUUUGAAAAUUGUAAUAUUUAAUUUAUUAGUAUUAGUAAAUGACAGGGAGUUAAAUUUUUUAUGUUUAACAUAACCAUAAAGUUAACGUAUAUUACGUAUUUUAUUUAAGUUUUUGAGUCAAAAAAUGACUGAAUAUAUAUUGUUAUUAUUGUUGUGUUGUAAUGAUAAAUUUAGAUGUUAUGAUAAUACUUUGCAUGUUUAUUGUUGACCCUUAUGUUUAUGGGAUAUUGUGAUAUUUUGAAUAUUCUUAUUUCACUUAAUUAAUAAUAAUGUACAAAAUAAAUAACUUAUUGUGACUUAUAUAA